ACGUAACGUUGGUAUGCGUCCCGCUUGCCCAGCUCGCGUUGUUGAGUUUAAUCGAUGGAGGCCCGUGGCAUCAAACCCUAACUAGUCCUAAUCGGAGUGAAUUAAGGGGGAUUCCAGUCCCUUAACAUGCGAUCCCCUGCAUCACUCUGCUACACAUUGCGGCGAAGAACCUUCAACCAUUGUGUUCAAUGAUGGAGGGUUUCAAAGACGAAUUCUCAGAGCUAGAGAUUGGGAAUUCAGUGGAGUCGUUCCAGAAAUUUCUGGUUUCGCAAAGGGAGCUCUUCCACAGCCAGAUCGAUCAGCUUCAGAAAAUAGUUGUCACGCAAUGCAAACUAACUGGUGUUAAUCCUCUCUCUCAAGAAAUGGCAGCUGGCGCUCUGUCAAUAAAAAUUGGAAAAAGACCUAGGGAUUUGUUAAAUCCAAAAGCUAUAAACUACAUGCAAUUAGUUUUCUCCAUUAAAGAUGCAAUCAGUAAGAAAGAAUCUCGUGAGAUCAGUGCUUUAUUUGGUGUCACAGUGACACAGGUUCGUGAAUUUUUCAAUAUUCAACGCUCAAGAGUGAGAAGACAAGUACGAUUGUCAAGGGAAAGGGUGUUAAGAUCUAACUACUCUGAAGAACCUUGUGAUGGCUUCCCAGUAAACUCUGAUUCCAUGAUACCAAUUAAUCCAGCUCCCUUAAACUCUGCUGGUCCCAUCAGUGCAGAUGAAGCAUCUUGUUCAACACUGGAGGCUUCAUUUUCUGGCCUAAACAGCUCAGAGAAACAUUUUGUUGAUAAUAUCUUUAGUCUAAUGCGGAAAGAGGAGACAUUUUCAGGGCAGGUGAAAUUGUUGGAGUGGAUAUUGAAGAUACAGGAUGCUCUAGUACUAAUUUGGUUUUUAGACUGUGGAGGAGUGAUGAUUUUAGCAGCAUGGUUGAAUGAAGCAGCUGUUGAAGAGCAAACAAGUGUCCUUCUUCUUAUUUUAAAGGUCCUUUGUCAUUUGCCUCUACACAAAGCCCUUCCUACGCACAUUUCAGCUAUAUUGCAGUGUGUUAAUAGACUUCGGUUUCACAGAACACCAGACAUAUCAAACAGUGCCCGUGUUUUGCUAUCAAAGUGGAGCAAAUUAUUAGCGAAGAACCAAGCAAUAAAGAAAACCACAGGUGUUAAACCUGGUAGUGAGGCUCAAAGGGAGAUGGUUGGUCAGAGGGUUCAUCAAAUUAUGGGCACUGGAUCCUGGAAUUCAAAUGUCGGUAUUCCUGAGGACGUUCUUGCCCUUUCAAAUGAAGGUUCAGAUGAUUUCAGGAAAUCUGAAGCUCCACAAACUGUGAAAUUAUUGACUGCAUCUUUGGACGAUUCUCCUAAGAAGUCUGUCCUAGGUGUAUCACUGUCUCAGACUAGGGAGCGCCGAAAAGUGCAGUUAGUGGAGCAGCCAGGCCAAAAGACAGUGAGCAGAAGUCCACAAGCUGUAAGAGUAGGGCCUGUAAGUCUAGGUCGCCCCAUGUCUGCUGAUGAUAUCCAGAAAGCAAAACUGCGCGCUUUAUUUAUGCAAAGCAAAUAUGGGAAACCUGGUUCAUCUAAAGGAAGUAAAGAAGCAAAGACUGAUGGCCUGAAUAAACCUCAGACAAAUCAGGGUGGUCUUGGGUCUUCCUCGUCUAAAGUUCCUGUAUCAACCAAAACUGAUGAAGACAGCAAACCUCUGUUGCUUCCUUCUAAAACUUCUAAUAUGAAGGAUGCUUCUUUGGAAUCAUAUUUGAGAAUGGAUUUGAAGGAAUCUUUCUGGGAGAAGUGCAAGCAGGUGCAAAUCCUGUGGAAGACACCAGCAGAAAUGAAACUUAACGGUACAUGGAGAGUUGGUGCUGGUGAAAACAGCAAAGAGGUUGAUGUUCAGAAAAGUAGAAAUCGGAGGGGGGUGGAGACAAUUUAUCAGACUAUCCAGGAGAUACCAUCAAACCCCAACGAGCCAUGGGACCUUGAAAUGGACUACGAUGACACGCUGACCCCAACAGUCCCUAUUGAACAGCUUCCUGAUGUUGAUGGUGCAGAAACACCAGCUCCUGCCAAUCAAGGUAUUCAAGUGACGACCCCUUCAUCUUCAAACACUAAUUCCAACGUUGCAGAACCUGAUCUGGAGCUGCUUGCUGUACUUCUUAAAAACCCCGAGUUGGUGUUUGCCUUGACUUCUGGACAAGCUGCUAGCAUACCGAGUGAGGAAACCGUAAAGCUGCUUGACAUGAUAAAAAAAGGUAGUGUCCCUUUGGCUGACAAUACAAAUGGCAACAUUGGUGGAAAGGCGCAGGAGAACGUGGAAGUUUCACUUCCUUCUCCAACUCCCUCUAACGAUCCAAGAACGAGUGGAUGGACGGCGGAAGUUGCAAAGAAUCCUUUUUCACGCCACACCUCAGUGCCUGACCGAGGUAUCAGCUUUCCAGCAGCUGUAAGCAACAUGGUAUUGCCUCAGGUUCCAGCAGCCGCUGCCGUCGCAGUACGACAGCAUCAAACUGAUUCGCUGUCUCAAGCACCUAAUGUUGUUUCUGCUCUUUCCUCUGUGCAUCCAAAUCUGCUAACCAAUUCUCCAACAGCACAAAUGCUAUCAUCAAACAUAGGUUUAAGUACCAUGAUGAGCGACAAAAUCCCUGCGUGUGCAUCGUCUGUUAACUUAUCCACUGCACACUCAUCUUUAGCAAUGCGGGUAGAUAGCACCAGUAUCGGUAGUAAUGUAAAACCAAUAGCUAAUUUGAGAAUACAAGAGGGAUUGUCUAAUUCACAUCUGCAAUCGUAUGAGCUGCCAUCUCCAACGCUGACUCCAACGCUAACAAGUUCAGUCACACCCCUACAAAGGCAUGCCCAUUUAUUGCAGCAGUCCCAUUUUUAUGAGCCUUCCUCUCAUAACCCUCUACAUUCCCACCCUCCUCCUUCAAUGGAAAGACAAGGUCAUGCAUCAGAGUCUUGGAGACUUAGGCAGGAUAUAUCUUCCAGUCAUCAUUCUCUACUAAAUCAAAACACUUACAAGGCAUCGGUUGAAAGAUCCAAGCGAUCCGGUUCUUCUUGGGAGCAAAAUGAUUAUGGAGGAGGAGAAUUUGAAUCAUGGAGUCCAGAGAAUAGCCCAAGUAGAAAUAACGGGCAUAUUCGGGGAAGAAGUUUCCCUGAAUCGAGAAUGAACCCUGGGAGGGAUUAUAGGCCUGAAUGGUCAAGACAUCGGGGUUCUUCUGGUUACUGGGAUCCUGGUAGACAGGGAAGCAGGAAGUGGCAUGAACAAAGGCGAUGACCUUUGUAUUCAUCUUGAUUUGGUGUGGUGGAUUGAUUACCUCACAGGGCAAUUUUCACAUGUACAGAGAUGGAUUCUGAUUGAAAUGAUAAUUGACAUUAAUCUGGAUAAUUGGGGCAUAAGAUGACCUUGACAUUACAGCUAUUGCAACAGCUUUA